AUGAUCAAAGCCGGGUCUCGGUUGGCCUCCACGCUGCCACCGGACACCAUGGACAUUAUCCGGAGCAAGACGCACUCCCGCCGGGUGAGGCUCAACGUCGGCGGGCUCCUCCACGAAGUCCUGUGGAGGACGCUGGACCGGCUGCCCCGCACCCGGCUGGGCAAGCUGAGGGACUGCAACACCCACGACUCCAUCAUGGAGAUAUGCGACGACUACAGUUUGGAUGGCAACGAGUACUUCUUCGACAGACACCCCGGAGCCUUCACCUCCAUCCUCAACUUCUACCGCACCGGGAAGCUGCACAUGAUGGAGGAGAUGUGCGCCCUCUCCUUCAGCCAAGAGCUGGACUUCUGGGGCAUCGAUGAGAUCUACCUGGAGUCCUGCUGCCAGGCCAGGUACCACCAGAAGAAGGAGCAGAUGAACGAGGAGCUCAAAAGAGAGGCCGAGAACAUGAGGGAGAGGGAAGGAGAGGAGUUUACUACCACGUGUUGUUCUGAGAAGAGGAAGAAACUCUGGGACCUCUUGGAGAAGCCCAGCUCUUCAUUUGCUGCUAAGAUCCUGGCGAUUAUCUCCAUCCUCUUCAUCGUGCUGUCCACCAUUGCCUUGUCUCUGAACACCCUCCCAGAGCUGCAGGACACGGACGAGUUUGGUCAAGCCACAGACAACCCACAGCUGGCCCACGUGGAAGCCGUGUGCAUUGCCUGGUUCACCAUGGAGUAUCUGCUUCGCUUUCUCUCUUCUCCCAACAAGUGGAAGUUCUUCAAGGGUCCUCUGAACGUCAUCGACCUGCUGGCCAUCCUGCCCUACUACGUCACCAUCUUCCUGACAGAGUCCAACAAGAGUGUGCUGCAGUUUCAGAACGUCCGCCGUGUGGUUCAGAUUUUCCGGAUCAUGCGAAUCUUGCGUAUCCUGAAGCUGGCUCGUCACUCCACAGGCCUUCAGUCUCUGGGCUUCACUCUCAGGAGGAGCUACAACGAGCUGGGCCUGCUCAUCCUCUUCCUGGCCAUGGGCAUCAUGAUCUUCUCCAGUCUGGUGUUCUUUGCUGAGAAAGAUGAAGAAGACACUAAGUUCAAAAGCAUCCCUGCUUCGUUCUGGUGGGCGACCAUAACUAUGACCACAGUAGGUUAUGGAGAUAUUUACCCAAAAACUCUGUUGGGGAAAAUCGUUGGGGGUUUAUGCUGCAUUGCAGGAGUACUGGUGAUAGCUUUACCUAUCCCCAUCAUUGUGAACAACUUCUCUGAGUUCUACAAAGAGCAAAAGAGGCAGGAGAAAGCCAUCAAGAGAAGGGAGGCUCUGGAGCGGGCUAAGAGAAACGGUAGCAUUGUCUCUAUGAACAUUAAGGACGCAUUUGGCCGCAGUGUGGAGCUCAUGGAUGUCAUGGUGGAGAAAUGUGAUGAAAAAGAAGAGAAGGUUCAUGAUAAUCACGUGUCUCCCAAUCCCCAAAGAGGGACCCCCAAACUCAAGUUAGCGACCAGCCCCAGCAGCCCCUCCAAGACCCUGGAAUCAAGCUUCCAAGAGCAGGCCAAGCCCUCCAGCAGCCCUCAGCAUCUCAGCGCACAGAAACUGGAGGAGAUGUACAACAAGAUGGCCAAGACUCAGUCGCAGCCCGACCUCAACAGCAAGGAACAAGGGCCGCCGUCCAAAACAGCGAGACAGAGAGUUGAGUUUGAGAUGGGAAGCAUCCCGACCGAAGCCAUCUCCAGCACGGUGGAGGCAGUGACGGACAUGAAGAGCAUGUCCAGCAUCGACAGCUUCAUCAGCUGCGCCACCGACUUCCCCGAGAGCUCUCGCUUUUCCCACAGCCCCGUCAGCAACAUGCCUGGGAGGGUCAGCACCAACCCCAGCCUGGAGCCCACCAUGGAGAACGAACAUGAAGGAUCUCAGGGCACCUCUACACCCCAGACGGGAGACGGCGUAAAGCCCAGUCCUUAUUCUGACAGCCCCAGAGGCCUGCGCUUCAACAAAAGCCGCUCGCUGAAGGUCAACUUCAGAAGCGGCGAGGAUUCAGGGACAGGACUCCUCUCAGACAGCUCAUCAGUUCAGAGCCCUGAGGUGUCCGUCUACACAACUGCCAGCAGCAGGACACCCAGCAAGAGCCCAGAGAAUCUACUGCCCAGCAUCUUCACAUUCCACGAUUCGUCCAUCAAUAAGUUCAUUGAUGCCGACACAGACGAAGAGGAGCACCUGCACGACGGUUCGGGCACCAACCCGACCCAAAGACUCCUGGAAAGAGCCAGUCCCAAGUUUGGCCAUCAGAGUUCCAACCACAUGGAGGGACUCCAGAGGAAGCUGGGGAAUAGCACACUGCCGUUAGAGGGGCAGGAGAACCACGUGGCUCAGGAACUACAGCCACUUCAGGGAGAGAAGAGUCACUCUAACUCUUAAGGUUACAAAAAAGAAAGAAACCAGACGGGAGAGGAGGAAGCGGAGGAGGUGGAGAGCAAAUAACAAGCACAGUGAACUUCCCGAAAAUAUGAAUGGCACUGAAAACGUUUGAAGAAUUACGACACAGAAUGCUUCUCCCACGACGAUACGAAAAAAAAAAAAAA